AUGAUUCAAGUUGAUCAGAUGUCAUGUCCAUAUGCAUUGGCUGUAAUAGCAACAACUAAACGGGAUCUGUAUGAUUAUUGUUCGUACUUCUACACCAGCGAAGCAUACAUGAAUGCAUACCAAUACACAUUCUACCUAGUGGGGAAUCCAAAUGAGUGGAUUGUGCCCCCGAAAGUUGAAGACAUAAUUGUCCUGGCACCUAAUCAGAAAAGAAGCUCUGGCAGACCUGCUGAAAAGAGGAGAAGAUCGUGCAUUGAGGGAAAACAAACGGUGAAAUGUGGACCUUGUGAAGGAAGUGGUCACAAUUGUAGGACAUGCAACAACCUGCUUCCAUUAAAGAAAAACUAA